AUGACUUCAGCUCUUUACCUGGAACAUUAUCUGGAUAGCUUGCAACAUUUGCCAAUAGAAUUACAAAGGAAUUUUAAGUUAAUGAGAGACCUCGAUGAUAGGGCUCACGGCUUAAUGAGGACAAUUGAUCUUAUGGCCGAUGAAUUAUUACCGAAUAUUCCAAAAAUGGACGAAGAAACAAAAAAAGAAAAGGUAAAUACAAUUCAGGGGUUGUUCAAUAAAGCUAAAGAGUAUGGAGACGAUAAAGUCCAGCUUGCUAUCCAAACAUACGAACUUGUUGAUAAGCACAUACGUCGCCUUGAUUCUGACCUCGCACGAUUUGAAUCCGAAAUUCAAGAGAAAGUAAUGAAUUCGCGCGCGGCGCAACACGCUGCUACUGAUCAGGAGAGCAAUCCGGCGACUGUGAAGAAAGGCAGGAAGAAACAUAAAGGAAGCGAGAAAACAGCUGCCACAACUGGAAAGAAAAAACGGACUGGUGCUUCAAGCGAAGAAGACGCCGUGGCUAGUGGUCGAUCGGCUGCGAAGAAAAAGGCUCAAAGAAAGGGUACAACCACGACUACUACAACCCUAGCCAAAGAACAAGAAGAAAACGCGGAUCUGGAUUCAGUGGCUGGUAUGGCACAUCCAAGCGACGUUCUCGACAUGCCCGUGGACCCCAACGAACCAACAUAUUGUCUCUGCCACCAAGUCUCGUACGGUGAGAUGAUAGGUUGCGAUAAUCCCGACUGUCCCAUCGAGUGGUUCCACUUCGCCUGCGUAGACCUCAAAAUCAAACCCAAAGGCAAAUGGUACUGUCCCAAGUGUACACAGGAUCGGAAAAAGAAAUGA